GUCGCGAAGUGUCAAAUGUGUCAAGCUGACCGAGUGUGCGUCCAUGUUCCUUAUCCGCUAGAUAAUAAUUUUUUCCGGUUAAAACACGAUCUCGAGGAUGAUCGCCGAAGACGUGUCACGCGAACAGCAACGCGAUCAUUGACGCUGCUCGUACGUCCUUUUGCGCAUUACAUUAGAUAUCGCGUCGUCGUGUGUCACUUUUGUAUUCACGGAAACACGAUCGACAGAAUGUCGUUGGACGCGAUAUCGUUGAUUGAAGGCUUCGCCGUACACCCGAACGACUGGUAUUCUCCGGUGGAUCGCGUCGAUUCCGUGCGCUGAGUCAUAUUUAAUUAAUACACACACGCACAGUGUGUUGCGCAGCAGACGAGCAACACACAUGCCGAUGACAUCGACGCGAACGCUCAGUUAUGACGCUUACACGUAAUUGUCAACGAAGAAAAACGACAACACUCGGCCAACGAAAGCAACACUAUCACAGCUGUCACGCUACGUAAGAAAAAAAAACGAUAUUAUUUACUUGCUCAGCAGAAGAAAGCGCAGACAUGGUGCGCGUGAUAACGGUGCACAACUUCCUGGGGCAGAAUGUCACCCAGAUCGAGGAGCCCACGGCUACGUGCACGGCCACGACCAACCAGUCGCGCGAGAUGCUCCUGCUUGCGCUGCCCACGCAUUGCGUGGAGGUGUGGGAGCUGAUGAGCUCGGAUGUCAAACUUUAUACCGUUUUUCCCACAGUGGACAUGAUCAAUCAAAUGGCACAUUGCGCCAAGGGGGAUUAUGUUGUCACGCUGGAAUCAAAAUAUCUCAGAGACACCGUGAGCAAUAAUCACGCGAACAGAGUCACAUCUAAUUUUGUAAGGAUUUACGUGAACUGGGCCGCGGUGAAGGACCAGAGCCAGCCGAUGCGGGCCAGGAUCGCCGGCCGCGUCACGCCGAGUUUAAAUCGACCGUUGAACAGUCUGGAGAUGAUAGAGCUACCUCUGAGCGUACAGCCCACGUUGAUCGCUUGCUGCCAGAACACCGGCAAUCUGCUGGUGGCCUCGGAGAACAGCGCCAUUCUGCACGAGUUCAAGAUCGAAACUCAACAAGUAUCAAAAAUGAAGUUCAUCGACUUCGAGCCCAGACCCUGGUCGCUCGGAUUCACAUUCGCACCUACGCACAUGGAGAUCGUGGAGGAUUUUAUAGCAAUCAUGGAUAGCACAAAUUUAUCGGUUUUCCGUCUCACGAAUUCGAUGUACGAGGAUAUCGACCAACUUAGCUCUUUAGCUUCCACAAAUUCUUCUUCUGUCGACAAGACGUCCAUAUCCACGGACUCGUCUCUCGUAGAAAAUAGCCUUGGAAAUGAAGACGUGUUGCCGCAAAGCGCGAACACAAAGCACAAAUCCGUAGAUCAAGACUGUCAGUCUGUGACUCUCGAAAAUAUCGACACGGUAGCGACAAGUAACGCGAAACCUAGAGAUAAGAAACACAAAAGCACAAAGAGAACCAUAUGGAGCAAGUUAGAAAUAAACGAUCUCAACAAAACAAAGUCGAGUAGCAAUAAGAAUUACAUAGACUGGGAACGUUUGAUAUACAACGAGAAAGAUGAGAUGCAGAGGCUAAUCGGGCAGGGAGUUGUUGAUCCCGCCUCGCAACAGUUAACGGUGAGUUUUCCGUCGAUAAGUCUAGAAAGAGCCGGACCGGGACACGCCGUCAGUCCCUUCACGUUGAAUUCGGCCGACGUGAGAAUCUUCAUCAAAACAACCUCGCCCGAUGUCGGCUGGUCGGAGAAUUACGCGAUAAAAAAUUUACUAUGUCUACAAAUUAACGCCGGUGACAAUAAUGUCAAAGUAGAUGGAAUUCUAGAAGUUUUCAGAUCUCUGGUGUUGAAGCCGUUGUACGUGAAAAAGGAAUGCAACACCACGGGUGUGAAGAAGUCUAUGCUGAAGUCCGACAGAUACAAACACCUACAGGGUGUAAGUUGCUUUGUUUGCACCACGCAGGAAGGAUAUCUGUACCACUUCUCGGCAACGAGCAACGGUUCUCUGGACGCGACAUGUCUGACCACUUAUCCGUUCACCGCGCCUGUUCACCAAGUAGCGUUAGAGCACACGAUACUUCACGCGUUAACUGAGGCUGGUCUCGAGUCCUACACGUUACGUCUUUCUCAUCAUAUCGCGAAGCUGUCAAACUGCACUGACAGCGUUAAGAUGACUUGUCCCAGUGUUACAGAGCCGGUGAGUCUGAUCGGCCUGAGACCGUUUCUGGGAAUACAAAGACUGUUGCACACGAGAAGCUACAUAGUUCUGCUGGCCAAGGCGGACUGUUCGUGGACCAUGUACUCUUUAAAUCUCCCGAAGCUCGAGAAUGUUUACUUCGACAUCUUGAAUGCAGCGAAGAAUCACAAAUCCUCCAGUCCGAGCACCUAUCGACACUUGCUGGAAGAGGCGCACGCGUUGAUACGCUUGGCGAAGGACGUGUCCUACAAUAACGGUCAGCACAACGAGGAAUUCGACGAUGCGACGCACAAAAAUGAUCUCAAGUUGAAGAAUCUCUAUAAUCAAUCCUGCGCGCUGCUCGCGGACUAUUACAUACGAUCAGAAAUUGAGUCGGAUUGGGAUUUGUGUAUUCCCUAUUAUAAGAUGUCUGGGUUGAAGCCUUCGGAGGUGUUGUCGAGGAAAUCUAGUCAAGAUGCGCCAGGACUCCUGACGUAUCUAACCGACGCAUUGCUCACGAUGAAAAGCGGAUCCGAGGCGGACGCGCUGUUCCAAGGGUACAACAUUAUAGAAAUUAUUUGCAAGCUGGAGAAAGUAGAUCUGUUGAAAUUGAUUUUUGGCAGUCCGGUGCUGAGGGAAUACGCAACCGAGAAGUUGAUAAGUCUUCUUCUGACGCACGAGACUGACGACACCGUUAAACUCGCCCUGGCGCUGUUGUACAUUCAGGCGGACAAGCAGGAACAGGCGGAAAAGGCGUUAGAGCCGGUUUCUGUGCAAUGUAUCAAGCAGAUCGUUUUGGAGCGCUGGGAAUUGCUGUUCGACGUGACCGCGGUGAAGAAGAGAAGUCCCAUAAUACCGACCUUCUCGGAUUUUGCUGGUAUCUUAAUGCUCAUGAAGAACGUCACCUUCGCGGACAUGCUGAUACAGAUAAUAGAGGAUGAGGGCGCGUUGUCGUUGCACCAGAUCAUACAAGUGUUCUUGGAAUAUUUGCCGUCGCGGGUCGGCAGAGACGGGCACAACGCGGCUGCCACGUUGCAGGUAUUUCUCGAGAAGUAUCUGCACAAUUACUUAAGCUCGAAAACAAUGAUGGACUGGCCGCCGAUUAUAAAUAAAAAUCAGAUACGCUCGGACUUCGCUCUCGUCGAGGCCUUCAAGCUGUUGGUACGUUCGUACUUAGGCAAAUUAACUCAAACAAAAGUUUAUAAGACUGAGACCAAAGAGGAUCAAGAGGAGAACGACAAGGAAUACUUUAUGUUCGCCAAGUAUCGACCGAGCUACUUGAACAAGAUGCCACCGUACGCCAAAGAUUACCAAAGAAUUUUUAACACGAGCGAUUUUAAGGACUUGGAGAAGGACUUUGCGUCCGAAUCCGAAAAGACUAUACCCAAGGAACUGUUUAGACUGCAAUCCGUAUUGUCGUGCGAAUUUCUGCCGGUCGAGUGUUUGCACGAGGUCAAGCAGUUCCUCGAAACGCAAAACAUCGAUGGAAGCUUAUCUCUCAAGACAUUAUGCAUUCACAAUACCGAAGAAGUAACGACGCUUUUGAUGGACAAUUGCCCGCAGGCUGUAGUACAAUACGCGAAGGACAAAUAUACGAAAGAUACAGAGUGGAAAUACCUCAUUGAGUUAACACGAGAUAAAAUCACCGCGUCAGCGUCGCAAACGGAACUUCAGGUCUUGUACACGCAAAUUAUGAAAGAAAUCUUGAAUUACUUGCCGCACGCCUUGCCUAUGAAGAGUCUGCAUCGCAUAUUGCCUCGCGACGAUAUGGCGACGUUUCAAAGAUGCACCGAGAUGUGCAAUGAAAUCAUGCACGCGGAUCACGUAAAGUCACUGAUAAUGGAAACCGGGCAGCAACUUUUGACAACGUUGAAGUUGUGAAGAUAAGUUUCCAUUUAAAUAUCACAUUUACUUACUAGCUAAUUUCUAGACGAGUGAUAAUUCAGGAGUGUGACGAAUAUAAAAAUUCCGAUAUCCUUCACGUUUUAAUAAUGUUACAAAUAUCGGAGAGAGACUUUUCAUGCACACACACACACACACACACAUACACUCUCUUGUAUUCGCAAAUUUAACCGUUUCUACAAAAGUUUCAGACGUAUGUUCCUGAUCGCUACAGUAACAUAAACCGAUGUUCGUUAGUGAAUAGAAAAUUGUGCUAAUUGUGCACGCAUUUUUAUCGACUAGAUAACUUUCAUUAAUUAUAAAAAUAUUUCGAAAAGACAAAUACUAAAAAUUCAUCUAUAUUAUAAUUGACUGUUGAAUUGUUCUAUAUAGAUAUAUUAUAUUGCGACUAAAAAUGUGAAAUCUGUUCCGAAGCAAGUGUAACGCAAUAAAUUAAAAUGCGCAAAAGUUACUAUAAAAUAAUAUAUAUAUAUAUGUAUGUAUAUGUAUCAAAAAAAACUAUAAAAACUCAAAGUGCAACGUUUUGCUCUCACGCGAGGAAAACGUUUCGUACUUUAAUUGAUUGCAUUUUAAAGAGCAAUCGUACAAUACUAAAAAAAAAAAACAAACGCCA